AUGGGAGCCACACAUUCGCAUGGUACCAAAAGGUGGGCUGCGCCACAGCUGAAUUCGAAGCCGAAGUUGACGGACCUUUCCCUGGACGCCUUCAUUACCGACAUGGUUAAACAGAUGGUGGGACGCACUGUAGAUGCUGUAAUUGAGGAAAAACAACCAAAAAAGUCCAAUGUAGUCAAAAGGACGGAAGAAUCCAAAAGGCCCUCAACAAACUCUAAGGUGGGUGAGUCAGAUCUGGAAGUGCUCAGUUCUACUAAUGAUUUCUUUCAAACCACCCUGGAGGACGAUCACCUAGAUGAGUCUGACAGUACUCCAUGCCGUUUCAUGGAAGAUGAUGAACUUUCCAGCUCUUCAGCAUCAUCUUCAUUGCAAUCUACCAGCAGCUCCUCGCCCCUGGAGGACUCCACCAACGCACUCGCCGCUUCUCCCCUACCUGGAAUUCCAGAAGAUCAACUGGUCGGGUUAAUUGUCAAUAUAUCCUCACGAGUGGCACCGCUAUUCAAAGACGGAAUGCAGUUCUUUUGGAACUUGCGUACUACAUGCAAGUCUGGAACAUUCGAAAAGGCAUUGAGGGAGGCCACAUAUCCACCGCGCUUCAGUAUGGACUGUGUUGAAAAGGAAGAUGUUGAACUCUGCGAAUCGGCAGAAGAAAUGAGCUUCUUGAAUCGGGCUCUCUUCUUCGACCUUAUUCGUGAAAUACUUCAGCGUAUUUACGAAGGUGAGGACGAGGAUGUCCAAGUGAAUCGAACACCUGUUGUGAACAGCGCCCGAUACAGACUGUGGCUUGGAACUACACGACCAAACUCAUUAACCUUGCUAGAGCGCAUAAUUCGAACAAACCUGGAAACCGAAUUUGGCAUUUCAUUUACACCGGCCUGCGACGCUUCUCAAAACAAUUCCAUUUUGAAUCCCUCCCCACCCCGUGUGCUCACAGAUAUGAAUCGACUGUCUCGGCUGGCCCAGUGGACCGUUCAACGUAAGGACUGGCUUGACCAAAGACUGGAAUUGGAAAUGCGAGCAGACGAGCACACUUGGUAUAAUUACAAACCUUUCGAGCAAAAGUUGUUGGAUAAUCUGACCUUAAUGGUCAUGGCAGGCACGUUCAAUGAGGUAUAUGAUGAAUGUUCCAAGAAGGUUGCAAAGGAGAUUUAUUAUGAGGAUGCGCAGCUGCUGAAUGGGGAACCGGAGCCAGAGAUGAAAAAAAACUUCGAAACGGAUUUCGUCCGUAAUGUCCCUCAUUCAGAAGUCGUGAUCCGACCUCAUGUAUGUUCUAAUACGGAUGCAAGGUAUUCACCCUCUAAUGCAAGUCAGCCAUCGAUUUCGACCCUAGCUCGUGCCUCGGACAACGAAAAGCUUCGCAAUCAGGAUAUUGACUUUAUCGAGACUUCUGGCUUCGUACAGACUGCCUUUCGUUCCUCGCGAAGCGGUGAUCAAACCUUCAAAGUACCGUCGGAGACGAGUAGCACUGGUGGUGUGGGACUAAAUACGGUGAGUGCUGCGAGUGGUCAGUAUGAGGCAUUGGUACGUGAGCGGGCCCACGAGGCAGCCAUUUUCGGAACGGGACACUCGCAACCCCUCGACAGCCUCUGCCUAGGUGCGCGGCCCAGUGAUGAUGGCGGCGGUGGUGGUGAUGGAGGACAGAAACUCGUGCCCACCACGCAGGUGGUCAAAGAGAUCAUUCAUCCUCGUGUGAGUCCCGAAUUAUUCCUUCACUGA